CUAGUUUAAUUUGUUGUUUUUUUUAAAACAUGGCGACUGUCGGAGGUGAUUCGCUAUCGGUCUCAAGAGACUUGAGAAGACAAUUGAAUCAGUUUUUACAAGGUAGCAUCACUAGUGGCAAUAUCAGUUAUGAAACCCUUUCCAACUCUGCCCUAUACCUGCUACGAACUGUCCCGGUGGCUCGUCAUGCUGUGCUAGAGCAUUAUGCGCUCUCCUUUGAUGAAGCUAUCAACACACAUUUGAGCUUUGCCGAUCGUAACUCAUGGAGUGGCCAAGAUCCAGAAGCUAUACAGCAAAGUCAGCUUUCAGCCUUGCAGGAUGUUACUGGAGUACUACUUAGUUUUAUCAAAUCCAAUGCUGAGGCUUGGGCACCUGUAGUCUCUUCUUGGGCACUGUCUUUGCUCGGAUUAAUGAGCAGUAAGUAUGCUGCUAAAAGAGGUGUCCAACAUGUCACAUCUCUUAAUGAAGUCCUUCAAAUGUGGAUGGCCUGCCCUCCAGCCAAAAUGUUAAUGGAAAUAACCACUGAAUGUUUUGCUGCAAUGGUUGGUAGUGCCCCUGACAUCUGUGUGGAUGCACUUUUAGAGGCGUCAGUGAGAUACUCUCCACAUUUUGAUUGGGUAGUUGCUCAUAUUGGGUCUUGUUUCCCAAGAACUAUCAUUACUAGAGUACUUAACUGUGGUCUGAAAGAUUACUGUACUGGUUCAGUUGAUGGUUCAGACAAAGAUGCAAGUAGCAGCAGAAUGAAAGUGCCUAAAAUGGCGUCAGUUGUAGGAAUAUUGGGACAUUUGGCAGCCAAACAUAGUCAGGAUAUUAGGAAAGCUUUAAUGGCAUUGUUUGAGGCCAGUCUCCAUUCAGAUACUCAGAGCUCUAGAGUGACAACACUGCCAUUUUUACUGCAGCUGGCAUCAAUGUCAGACUUGUUACUGAACAUUCUAACACCUGACCUAGUUUCUGUUUUGAGCUCAUCUGUAGUGAACCAACUACACAGACAAUUUACUCACUGGAAACGAUCUUCACCUUCAGAUUACAACAGUUUUCUAAACCUUGUUGUCCACCUUAUUGCUAAAUGUAAAGUUGGCUCCUGUGAUAUCAUCAACUUUUUAUUGCGGACUGCAUUACCUCAAGAAGAGAGCGCUGGAAGUGAGUUGCCUGUUGAUGAAGUGAGAGAUACAUGUAUUGAAAUAAUGCACAUUCUGUUAUUUGAGCUUCAACGUGGUGUCCUGGCCAGGAAAGGGAAUGCAGUUGUUGUUGAUCUUCCUUUGCUGUCAGGUCUGGCAGAACAAAGUUCCAAAUUAACUACCCUGUUGUUACAGAGUUAUGGCAAGAGAGUGCCAUGGUUACAGAAACUUUUGACCUAUACCUCACUCCAGGCUGGUGAGAACUGUUCAGCCUCAAUGUUAGCUAACAUUGUGUUUAGUGCCAACACCCCACAACAGCUGGGAACAUUUUAUAAACUUAGGCAAGGGAGUGAACUUGGUAUCCCAUCAGUUAUCUCCUCUACUUUAGUUCACAUUUUCAACAAGCUCACAUCAGCCACAACGUCUCAGCCAGAGUCUACAGCCAACAGCAGCAAUGUGCUGCGUGCGUUGAGAAACUUGGAGAAACUGGUCAAUGUGGAGAAAGUCAAGAUCAAAAGGAAAGCCUUGACCUGCAGCACUAUACUAGAAGGUCUGAAACAGCGCCAUUCAGUUCUGUGUGACCUGCUGCUCUCAGCCAAUGAAGACAUCAGCAUGUGUGCACUAAGGCUAAUGACCUUAGUCGGCUUUCCAGAUGACCUUAGUAUUUCUCUUUUGACAAGAUUGUGUAGUGUGAUAGCCAUCAUUUUCUUUACUUCUUUACAUAAGAACACUGAACAAAAGGAUGAUGCCAGUAAAGCUGACAGAAUGACCCAGUUAUGUAUGUCCUGUAUUGAACAAUUAAGCCGUUAUCCCUUCACAAAAAGUUUAUUUAUACAUUACUUAUUGGAAGGAGCUGUACAGAAGGAAAAUUGUCAUCUGUUUGGAGGCAGGUGGCAGCCUGCCACAUCGAACUCCCCACAUGGCAAUGGUGUGGACACUGUCUCAUUGUUAGAGGAGAAUCGCCAACAGAGUUUGUCUAUAGCCCUUCCCAGAUUCCACUCUAGUGUCUACCAUGGUGGCAUCAUCAGACAGAUUCCUAAAACUCAGUUGCCAGUCAAACCUCUACAGAAGAGCCAGGUCGUCAGAAAUUGUUUAAUUUUCACUGAAACACUUUGGCUAUGCUGCCGAGAAAACAGACAGAGGUGUAGACAGGACCUUUCAGGUCAAGUCAAUAGUGAUACAGGCCAUGAGCCCAUGGAGACAGACCAAGUCAACAGACAUAUGACUACAAUCAGUGAAAGCUCAGCUCGAACACUUGGUUGUGUUAUUGUGGACAUCUUGACCCUUGACACACUGUACAAUGAUGUCCACUGGCAGGAUCCAGAUUUUCGUAAAGUGACAACUGAAAGAGAUACAUUGGUCUGGAAAAGACUUGAAGAUUUGCCUGUGGUGUGGAAUGUUAUUCAAGAGUUUAGUUCCAGUUGUGUGUUUGUGUAUUAUUUGUCACCUGUGUUGAGGUCAUUGAUGGCAGUCAUUAUGAAUCAUUUAGAGGUGUCUAGAGACACACGCAUGAGGAACUGUCCCAAGCAGUUUGAAGGUGCAAUUAAACUAGUCCAUUGUCUUACAAAGGGCUCAAUGAUACCACCACCUUUGUCAAAUGUCGCUGAAUUGUUUCCGUUUGUGUCACCCUAUGAAGGAUAUUUGUUACUGCUGACUUUAUGGAGAUAUAUAAAGGAAAAUCCUCCCACAGAGUUUGAAAAAGAGCAAUCUAGUCGAACUUGUGAUACUUCCCACAUGUUUGUGGUUCACUCGAUCCUGCAUGCCAACAUCAAUCACAUGGGACACCUGUGUCCAAGAUUCUUCAAUAUGUGAAGCAUCUAGUUCACUUCUCUUGAGAUAUCCUGUGAAAUUCUGCUGUUCAGCAUCACUUCAGUUUUAUUGUAUAUUGUAAUGAAAUAACUGAACUAGAAAACCAUUAUCUUGGGCUUUAUUCAAUAAGAUUAGGCUACAGUAAAUGGUGAACGAAUACAAACAGGUUUCACAUUAUAUUUUUUAAGUUUAAUGAACACACACACUGGGCAUGACCUUCUGAAACGCUGGACAGAUGCAGAAAAUAAACAACUCAGUUACACUGUAAUCACCCUGCCUGAAAGUUAUAGGAACAAAAACAUGCUAAGAAUAGUAAAUGAACAAGGAUAAAUUCCUAAGGAGGCCUAAGUCAGACCUGCCUACCGUUACGCAAAAUGCGUAUUCGUUACGCAAAAUCUCCCAAAAAUGACCGUCAGUACGCAAAUACGCAUUGAACCCGUCGCGUUACGCUUUUCGUAUCCUUUUUUUCCCCCCUCUCUUGACUAGCUUACGAGCGGUCACGGAGGUCACGCUAAGCCGUUUUGUUGGCCGGGGGGGGACAGAAAAGGUGGGGGAACACAUUGUGUCCAGAUCUAUACGUUGAUUGGUUCUUAAAAGCAAUUAGAUUUAGUCUAGAAAUGAAGAACGCGAGAGUGAGGGAGUGGCGGGUUGGUACCGUCAGUUAGCUGAUACACCAACGUGACUUUUUUUUUGUAAGUUCAUUAGUAGAAAUUAAUUAUGUUGAAUCCCUGAUUCCUGUAUUCAUUUGUAUAGAAAAAAAUAUCGAAGUGCUAUCGAUUCAAAACACAUUGAGUGACAUUGUAGAUAUCUAGUCUAGAUCUGGAUUCUAGAUCUAGAAAGCUUGUUAUACAGGAAUAGA